CUGCCAUUCAGACUGAGACGGCUUAUCUCGACGAACCGUUCACCACAUGCCAGCUCCCCCUGCCCCCAGUCCGCUUGCUUAUCGUUUUCGGCCCAGAUCCUCGCUCUCCCACGGCAAAACUUCCCCACGAGUCCCUCUCAGCACUCUCAUCAACCAAAACAUGUCUUUCCAUUUGCUGGCUGAGGCGGAAGUAUAGCUAGGAUGCGCGGCUAGGCGGUUAUGCGUAUCCCACACCCCAUCUCUUGGCCACUACUUGAACCCUGGGCCCCCAAUGGCCGCCCUCGGAGGUUUUUGCGAGUAUGCCGCUCAGCUUGACCUCGUCUCCUCUUCUCAGGCUUCACUCUAGACCUCUUUCACGCCUCCAUUGUACAGGAUAGUGAUGCUAGACCUACAUUAGCGUUUGCAUAUCUGCACAUCUUUUUUACAAUUCGCUCUUGUGCCAGAUAACUCCAGGCUCGGCAGUAGACUUAUAAAGUCUUUGCUUUCCCUUUUCUUGCUGGCAGUCGCUGUCCUACUUCACCACGGUCUGUGCUGAAGCUUCCCUGAGCUGACCUGCAUCAAUUGUUGUGCGUCGAUACCACAACCUUCUUGCUCUGAACGAGAGCUCGUCAUCAUGUCGACUACUCCGCCACUUAGUCAGAGUGUCGGGUAUGGAAUUGUCAUUGGAUUGGGCUUUGCCUUUUCCUUUGGUAUGAUUCUCACGACCUUUGUGCUCAAAAGAUACAACUAUGAACUUCAGACUUCUGAAAUGUUCAGUACCGCUGGACGAUCGGUUAAAUCAGGUCUCGUCGCUUCCGCCGUGGUAUCCUCCUGGACAUGGGCUGCUACCCUGCUCCAGAGUAGCGCAGUCGCAUACAACUAUGGUGUUUCGGGGCCUUUCUGGUAUGCAUCCGGCGCCACUGUCCAGAUCAUCCUGUUCGCAACCAUCGCUAUCGAAUUGAAACGGAGAGCGCCCAACGCCCAUACCUUCUUGGAAGUAAUUCGAGCUCGGUACGGUGCGGCUACCCAUAUUGUGUUCAUGGUGUUUGGUCUAUUCACCAAUAUCUUGGUCACUUCUAUGCUGUUGACUGGAGGGAGUGCGGUUGUUACUUCGCUCACUGGAAUGCCUACUGCCGCGGCUUGUUUCCUCCUUCCCGUUGGUGUCGUUCUGUACACCAUGUUCGGUGGUAUCAAAGCAACUUUCCUCACGGAUUACGCCCACACCGUUGUCAUCCUCGUCAUUCUUUUGCUGUUCGCCUUCACCACGUAUGCUACAAACGCCAACCUUGGAAGCCCGGGCAAAGUGUGGGAACUCCUCCAAGAGGCUGCCAAGCGCCACCCCGUCGAAGGCAAUGCUGGUGGCUCAUACUUGACAAUGCGUUCCAAGGAGGGCGCCAUCUUCUUCGUCAUCAAUAUUGUUGGCAAUUUCGGAACGGUCUUCUGCGACAACGGUUACUACAACAAAGCCAUCGCUGCUAGCCCUGUGGAUGCUCUUCCCGGCUACAUCAUGGGCGGUCUAUCAUGGUUCGCUAUUCCCUGGCUCGCUGCUACAACCAUGGGCCUUGCUGCCGUCGCUUUGGAGAACAAUCCGGUUUUCCCUACCUAUCCUGCUCGCAUGGCCUCCGCCGAUGUUACUGCUGGUCUGGUUUUGCCCACUGCUGCAGUUGCCUUGCUUGGAAGCGGUGGUGCCGUAGCUACUCUCCUCUUGGUCUUCAUGGCUGUCACCAGCGCCAUGUCCGCUGAGCUCAUCGCCGUCUCGAGUAUCUUCACCUACGAUUUCUACCAAACCUACAUCAACCCCCAGGCCACCGGAAAGCAGCUCAUUGGCAUGUCACACGUCAUGGUCGUUGGGUUCGCCAUUGCCAUGGCCGCGUGGUCUACUGCUCUUCACUACAUCGGCAUAUCCAUGGGCUACCUUUACCUCCUCAUGGGCGUCAUCAUUUCCUCGGCCGUACUCCCCGCCACGCUCACCCUCAUGUGGAGCAAGCAAAACUGGUGGGCCGCGACUCUCACCCCACCUCUAGGAUUCUGCUGCUCGCUCAUCGCCUGGCUCGUCACCGCCAAAAAGCAAUACGGCGAGCUCACCGUCGACAGCACGGGCGCCAACAACCCCAUGCUCGCAGGAAACGUCGUCGCGCUCCUUUCCCCCCUCGUCUUCGUCCCCGUCCUCACCUACGCCCUGGGCCCCCAAAACUACGACUGGGUCUCCAUGAAAGCGAUCCGCAAAGGCGACGACCACGACCUCGCCGCCGCCGCAAACCUUGACCUCGAGCUCGUCCCAGGCGAAGCCCGCACGCACUCCAUGGCCGAAGAAGAAGCCGAGCAAGCCAAGCUCCUCAAAGCGUCCCGCAUCGCCCGCUGGAUGACCGUCUUCAUGACCCUCGCCUUCCUCGUCCUCUGGCCCAUGCCCAUGUACGGCUCCGGCUACAUCUUCUCCAAGAAAUUCUUCACCGGCUGGGUCGUCGUCGGUAUCCUUUGGAUGUUUUGCAGCUGUUUCGCUGUCGGCUUGUAUCCGCUUUGGGAGGGCAGGAGUACGAGCGCUAGGACCUUCAAGGCUAUUUGGUUGGAUGUUACUGGGAGAGGAGCCAAGACUGGGAGGGCCGCUGCUGUGCAUGAAGGCGUUGGGUCUGAGACCCCUGAGGAGGUUGUCCCGGAGAAGGUUAAGAGUUAG